AUGUGUCAGUGUGCAUUUGAUCGACACACAUCGUGUCGGAAUAUUCGUCGUGCGCGGGUCACAGCUGAACUGAAAACGGAAUUUUUCACUCCGUCGGAUUUUGAUUCCAAGACCUUAACCUCUCAACGCGACACAUUAUCACGAGACAUUGCUGUGUUUAGAGGGAUUGGCAACAAAUUGGGUGGCCCGGAGGGUAAGCCAGUGGACUACCCUUCCAAAUACAUGGAUCUGAUCCAGCGGUCUCGGAGCAUUCCAGAAGAAUACGUCGUAUAA